AUGGAGAAAGAGAAACAGAGUAAGGUGAGGAACAGGUUCUUGAAAGCAAUAACAGUAACAUUUCAAAACGCACCUUUCAGUCCUGGAAGGGACCAUAAAUUUAGAUCAGACAAUAACACAAACAGAUGGGGUGCAAAAUCGAACGGGGGUGGAAAAGGAUUCUCUGGACCUAUGGUUACUAUGAUUCCUUACGAAGCUAGAAGGAAACCCAAAGAUGGCGGUGCUAAUGUAACACAAGAACCUACUUCACCGAAGAUUUCAUGUAUGGGGCAGAUCAAGCAUCACAAGAAGAAACAUAUUCCUAAAAGUAAAACUAGUGAUGCAUCGACUCCAAAGGAUGCAUCGAAAUCGAAGUUUCAGAGGAUAUUUUCACAGAGAUCGAAACCGAAAUCCAAUUUUGUGGAAAGGAAAUUUGAUGAGACUGGAUCUGUUGGUGGAGGGAACAAAGCGCCGCCGAUGGGUGAUAUGAAGAGAUUUGCGAGUGGGCGUGAAGCUUUUUCGAGUUUCAAUUGGAAGGCUGUGAUUGAGCCUGAGGAAAUUGAUGGGAGAGAUUGUUUUACUGAUGGAGAAGAUGAUGAGAUCUUGAUUCCAUUUUCUGCACCGAUUUUGGUUGGUGGAGGUAAUGGUGAUGGUGAUGAUGAUGGUGGUGGUAGACCCUGUUUGAAGUUUAAGCCAAGGAAUGAAAUUAAUCUUUGGAAGAGAAGAACAAUGGCACCGCCAAGGCCUCUUCAGUUGAAUCCUGUGCUUAAGGCUAAGUAA